UCAUAAAUAGUAUAACUAAUUAUUAAAUAAAAUUUUUUAAAAUAAUUUUAUAUAAUAACAUAUUAUAGAGAAUUCUUUUUCUUAGAAUAGUUAAUUUUUUUUUUAAAUUGUAAAUAUUAAAUAUUCCUAACAAUUUUAUUUGAAAAAGAAAUUUAUAAUUUGCAAUUUCCUUAAAAUUUUUGUUGAAAAUUAAGUCAUUUAAUGGAAGGAUAUUCCCACAGGAAAUAAUAAAUAGAGUAUUGGUGGAUUGGAUCCAGUUGAGUGUGAAAGAGGGAAGGGACUGAAGAGACCUCUGCUGCAUUAUCUAUUGAUCUUCUUCUUCUUCGAAUAACGUCUCAAGAGACAUGGACAAAGGAAAAGCUGUAAUGGGUUCGGGCCGUAGAUGGGCUGUCGAUUUCACUGACAAUUCAACAGCUCCUUCUUCUCGGGAAUUCCCCGAUCCUCCUGGUUUCUCUCGCGCUUCUCAAGAUCAGGACGAAUCCACUGUAACUAAGCAAAAAAAGGAUGCUGAAGCUAAUUGGAAAGCUCAGAAAGCUUGGGAAGUGGCACAAGCACCUUUCAAGAAUUUGCUGAUGAUGGGAUUCAUGAUGUGGAUGGCUGGAAGUACUGUGCAUCUUUUUAGCAUUGGUAUUACAUUUUCAGCUCUUUGGCAGCCCAUAAGUGCUCUUCAAGGGGUUGGGAAGGUUUUUGAGCCAUACAAAGACGGUAAAAUAGAUCUUCUUGGGCCUAAGUUGCUGUUUAUUGCUCUUAAUUUGGGGGGUUUGGCGCUGGGUGUUUGGAAGCUUAACACAUUGGGGCUUCUUCCAACUCAUGCAUCUGACUGGGUCUCAUCUUUGCCUCCUGCUCAGGAGGUCGAAUAUUCGGGCGGUGGCAUUCCCCUACAUUAAUGUGGUUCCUCUUGCCAUUGACGAUCAAAGGGAAGGGCAAGGCGUAAAAGAAACGCGGAAUUCUUGGUUGAUGGCCUGUUAUGUGCGGGUUGCACCGUGGACAAUUUACCUUGCAGAUUGUUUAUGUAGGAUGACAUGGUUGACAAGCUUUGAUUUGUUCUACUCCAUAGGCUUUGAUUUAUGUAGAAUGCCAUCCUCCUCUUCUCUCUUCUUUUUCUUAUUGAACAACUAAUGAACUCCAUAUUUGUUUCUUACAAAAACCCCUGAUCUGAAGUAGUAUUUAUCAGAUGAUAAGUUUGUGUUUAUCUUGGACAUUGAAUGACAAUAUUCUCAUACUUUAGUCA